AUGGCGCCGUCAUCCGUAUCUCCGCCCUCGGCGGGAGGAGGGCCAUCCCAGUCCCGCCAGCAGCAGCAGCAGCAGAAGCGCACGCGCAUCCUGCUCUCCUGCCACCCCUGCCGCGCGUCCAAGCUCAAGUGCGACCGCGCCACGCCCUGCGCCAACUGCGCCCGCCGUGGGCGGGCCGCGGACUGCGCGUACGCGCCGCCGCCGGUCAAGAAGCCGCGCAGCCGGGGCGGCGUGGCGGCGCGGCUCAAGAGGCUGGAGGGGAUGGUGCGGGAGAUGAUGGACAAUGACGAAGGGGGCGAGGGCGGCCAUGGAGAUGUGGUCGGGCAGCAGAAGCAGGAGCCGGAUGAGGUUGAUGCCGGUGGUGGCCGGGGAGAUGAUGGCGGCACGAGGGAGGGGGAGCAGCAGCGGCCGGAGCUGGCGGGCCGGGAGAGGGAUCCGCGCGGCGGGGAUGGGACGGAGGGUGGGACGAUGGUCGUGGGGAAGGGGAGGAGGCAGGCUACGUAUGUCGGGGCUACGCACUUUAUGGCCAUGCUUGAUGAUAUUGAGGAUCUGAAGAGCUACUUUGACGCGGACGCCGACGAGGACCAGAAGAUGCACCUCCAGGCGCACGGCGAAUGGCCCGAGGAGCCGUCCGAGGCGGGGUCGCCGGACCUGCUGUUCACGUCGGCCAAGGACCCGGCCACGGCGCCGACCAAGUUGGACCUGGUGGCGCGGCUGCCGGAGCGGCACGUCGUGGACCGGCUGGUGACGCGGUAUUUCCAGUCGUUCAGUGUAUCGAAGUGUGAGUCUCGUGAUGCUGUACACAAGCCGACAUUUCUGCGAAAGUACAGCAAAUUCUGGGAAGAUCCUUCCCAGGUCGAGACCGAGUGGCUGGCCCUGCUCUUCAUCAUCCUCGCCCUGUCCAUCUUCUUCUCCACGUGGUCCUCCCCCCACGAGCUCAAGGCCGACUCCCCCGUCCCGCCCACGGACCGCUUCUCGCACUUCCGGGCCUCGGCCCGCUGGGCCCUCGUGCUCAGCCGCUACACCUCGCCCAGCCCGGCCGUCCUGGCCCCCUUCCUUCUCUACGUCGAGUCUGAGUUCCUCAUCAGCCGCGCCGCGCAGACGAACUGCUACCUGCUCUCGGGCUGCCUCAUCCGCCUCAUGCUCAAGAUGGGCCUGCACCGCGACCCGGACCGGCUGCCCGCCCUCUCUCCGUACGAGGGCGAGCUGCGCCGGCGCAUGUGGGCCCUGGCCGUGCAGCUCGAGCGCCUCGUGUCCUUCCACACGGGGCUGCCCUGCAUGGUCGACGGCGUCGACGCCGACGCGGCCCUGCCGCGCAACCUCGCGGACGAGGACUUUGACGAGCACACAACCGAGCUGCCGCCCGCGCGCCCGGACACCGAGUACACGCACAUGACGUACGCCAUCUGCAAGGCGCGCGUCUUCCGCGCGUUCGGCCCCGUCGCGCGCCUCGCGCACCGCCUGUCCCCGCCGCCGCCCUACGCCGAGGUCCUGCGGCUCGACGCCGAGCUCGACGCGGCGUACGCCUCGGUGCCCGAGUUCAUGCGCGUCCGCCCGCCGGAGCAGUGCCUCGCCGACCCGCCGCUGCAGAGCGUGCACCGGUACGGCAUCGCGUCGCUGUACCAGAAGAGCCGGUGCGUGCUGCACAGGCGGUACCUCGUCGAGGCGCCGGCCCCGCGGCGCGACAGCAGCAGCAGCAGCGGGGAGCACGACUACUCGCGGCGGGCGUGCCUCGGGGCCGCGCUCGCGCUGCUGGGCUACCAGGGCGCCAUCUUCGAGGCGACGCGGCCGGGCUGCGCGCUCAGCGAGCACGGGUGGUUCGCGACGGGGAUCGCCAUGCACGAUUUCCUGCUGGCGGCGAUGGUCGUGUACCUCGUCGUGCAGAACAUCGGGGAUGACGACGACGUAUCCCCUGGCGACGGCGAGGAGGGGACAGAUCGCCACGCGUGGAUGACGGAGGAGCCGGCGCUUCCUGGUCGCGGGGAGCUGAUCGCGCUGCUGUAUCGUUCGCAUGCCAUCUGGGAAGCGAUAUCGCGGGAGAGCAGCGACGUGAAGAAGGCGGCGGAUAUCCUGCAGAUGAUGGUCAACAAGAUCAGUAACCCAGGGAGCAGUGCCGCAGCUGCCACAGCCGUGGCAGACGAUGUGAACAACAAGAUGGGCUUGACGCCUCAGACCGACCAGGACAAGGUAUCCUAUCCUUCUACGGGGCCGACAUUUCCCACGUCAGAUGGGACGGGGACUGGAACGGGGUCCAUGGCGGCGGAGCUGUCACAUGGCAACACAUUUGGCAACGCCCCUCUAGCUUCGCUCGCCACUCCGCCCCAAAUCAACUUCUCCCGCGCCGACCUCGUCGCCACCGGCUUUGAGAACAUGGACUACAGCGCCGACGACAGCUGGAUCCCCAUGACCUCGGCGUCGUUCGACUGGGACUUCCUCGACAAGGGCCUUGGCGAGGGCGUGCACGUCGGCGCGAUGGGGGCCGAUACGCGGCCGCGACCGCAACAGGGCUGGCCCGAGGGCGACGCCGGGUCUGCCGACUUCUUUGACUUCACGAAUGCUAGCUUUUGGAACCAGUCUGCCGGGCAGCAUCAAUGA